AUGGCGCUGAUCCCUGCCCUUACACCCAGCGCUGCCUUUGCCUGGCCACACGGCCAGACCCACCAGCGAGCUCGGACCCCCCGGGUACCACAUCCUGACGACCGAGGUUGGAAUCGGGGUGAGUCUGGCGCGCGAUGUGCCUCGGAGAGCUUACCGGAUAUCGUGCACUCGCACAGCGCCGGCCAUCUCAUCUCUCCCCGACCCAACCACCACCGACCCGCCGGCGGUGCCGGCCGCCACCAGCGCUCACGCCAGCACCAGGCCCGCCAACACGGCCGCACCCACAGUCGAAGGGACACGGCGAGCUCGCAACAGCAGCAACAGCAACAGCGGCGGGGACGUACGCAGUCAACCACGUCGACGACGACGACGACAACCGCGGACGGCGGGCGUUGCAAGGAGCCGUGCGUCAAGUGCUUACUGACGCUUACUUCCUUCCGGUGGGUGCUGGUGGUGCUGUCUCUGCUGGGUGUACUGUGCGUCGUCACUGGCAUAGUGCUUGCCGCACUGCAUGCGGCCGGCAGCAGCUUUCUCUUUCUUGCCAUCAUGUUCAUAGGUCUGGGAGUGCUGCUAGUGAUUGUGGUGGCAGUGGGCUGGAAAUGUACACCACGAGGUCAUGAACCUCUGCAUGCCUUACUUAGCAUCGGAGAAUUUAGCAACGGUGGACGUCGAGAGCGACGUCGACCUCGCAUUCAUAGGCAGCGGGAUGGAAACUGGUAUGGAGGUAUGCUGUACCCAGAGUUUCAAUAUCCACGACCACCUCCAUCUUAUGCUGCCUCCAUGCAAGAAUACAGUAGUCAGCUAGCUUUAGCUCAGUCAUCCAAUAAUAACAAUAUUGCAACAACAACAACAACAACUAGUAUACCCAACACCACUGCCGAGAAUUACAGUUUACCUGGCUCACCACCACCAUCUUAUCGGUCACGAGCAUCUACUAUUCACUCAGGUGUACAUAUAACUUUCCCACCAGGUACCGACUCCAUGCCUCCCACAUACCGCUCUCGUGCCAGUACCCACCGGCGACCAAGACUGUCAUUUGAUGACACUGGUGGCAACGGAGGAGCAGACGUUGCAGAUGUGUCUUUUUCAGAGCCUGUCAUCACGGCAGAGUCAGUACAACAAGUCAUCGGCACAGGGCGCUAUCAACAGCGGCAUGGUCCCAUUGAUGGCAGAAAUCCCUCACAACACACACGGUCUGCUUCUCUUGACCUGGCACAGACACCAGACACCACACAUCAUCGGCGAGGAGCGUCUGAUCACUUGACAAACAUUUUAAGUCUGUCUUCUCAAGAACAGUCACAUUCAUCUCAGCUAGGCGCUCAAGCAGUAACUGUGAGAGCACAAGCAGGGUAUUCCUCUGACUUAAAUCAGGAGCUGACACUAUCCAAGAGCAUGCUGGAGAGUGCAGAGGUGGAGGAGGUGCUCAGGGAUUUGAAUGAGAGAAUUGCACGUAGUCAGGGAAAUGAAACAGAUGAGUACAACACGGCUCUGUAAGGUGUAAGAGAGUGCUGCAGUUGCUCAUGAUUGUAGCAGUAUUGCUGGCUUCUUCCAAUAUCGCUCUCUGUAGUUGCAGAUAAGAGCAUUACUUUGUCAUGCACCAAGAGAGAUGUACAUGAUCAGGAGGAGAUAAUGCUUAUGGCGGUAGUGUUGGUGGUUUAAGUGAAGGUGUGACAUAAUUUUUGUCUUGGCCCAGUGACCCUGAAUGUAAAACUGGUGGCCAAAACAGUACUAUGUAGAUUCUGUCAAACAAGCAAAGCUUAUUGUCGAUGGUGUACAAUUCAGAUAGUAGGGAACCGAAGUACCUAAAGGUGAUCGAUCUUAACACUAAGCAACAGGAAUAGAUAUGUAUAAAAACUGUGAGGUCUGAUCGCCACAUUUUCCUGGACCACACCCAACAUCUGCUAGACUUCAGAUUUCUCAACAACAAAAAAACCCCUCAAAACUACGGUGGCACAAAUGUGUGACAUAUGUACACAGAUAUAUCUUUCAUUGUAUAAUGCUGUUCCUGUGCCAAAAAAGUGUCAUUUCUGCACUAAAUACGGUCUUUCUGUCCUUAUAUGCAAAAGAAUGUGCUUGAUUUACCAUUUUUUUCAAUCGUAUGUGUCGAUAGAAUGACAUGCCACAGAAGCAACAGAAGCCUCAUGGUCAGCACAAGGUGAAUAUAACACAGUGAAGCAUGCUUAGUCAUUGCUUUGUUUUGCUUCCAUCUCCCACCUCCACUAUUUCAUAAUUUAACUUGGCUCAGACAAAAGUACAUCAUUUCAUAAAGCAGUGUGUACAUAAUUCGAACAUUUGGCAUCUCAUUUCUGGUUGAUACACAAAAUCUUGUGUGAUCCUUUUCAAACAUAUUGUCUCCCUUCAUUUCAAGCAGUCUUAACUGUCCUUACUUGCAUUAAUGUUGGAACGUAUGGAAAGAUUGUCUCACUGCUUGUUUAGAGAAGGUUGCGUAUGCUUGCAAACACCUUAAGCUGGCUGCGGCAUGGACACAAAAGUCGGGCGAGAAGGAUAAAUGCUUUGAAGACUGUAAUAAGGGGUUAUGUCUUUCAUUUGCAGCUGCAACAAAAGAUCAUAAUCACACCUGCAAAACAGCACUUAGCCAGCUGAAUGAAAAAAAUUCACUGGAGGAAUUAACAUUUGGGAAAAACUUUUUUAUUUUCCAUUAAUAAAAACAUCAAAUGCCAGAAGUAUCACAACAAGAGAGUGAGAAUAAAUGGGGCUGUAUUUGAUGUGUCCUGUACUGCUUCCAGCCAGCUUGCUGUGCACAUCCUUCAGACCAGAAACAACCUAAUUUGGUGAAUGAUGCAGCUUGACUAUCAUGUGAUAGUCCAGUCAACCAUACCCUGUGUGAGUGAAGAGAUUAACUAUCAAGUGAUAUUCCAACCAGCCAAAACUGUGAGGGAAGAGCAUCAUGAGAAGAGUGGAGAGAGUCAAGUGAAGGGCAAGUGAAGGGAGGAAAGCCAGAAUCAUGUCUUAAGAAUUCAUUUUUUGAAUGAUGUCAGUGCCAUUGGAUGCAGUAGGCCUCAAGUCAUAAAAUGCUAAACACAAACCUGUGUGUUGUGCUGCUCUUAUUUCAGUUUUACACUCCAGAUGGAAUACAGUGUGUAAAUCUGCAACAAGUUGAAACAGUCAUCAACCAUUUGCUGCAAAUGCAUAUGCAAGCAUUAUGAACAGAGAUUGUGAUAGUUUUCAGUAAUAUUGAAGAUUAUGACACAUGAUAAUUGCUUUCAGCAACCAAAAAAGAAACUUUGCAAGUUAAGACUAAAUGCUAGGAGUGGUUUGUACAUUAUCCAAGCAGCACAGAGCAGUCAGAAGGUUGACCAGCUUUGCACAAACAACUUCCCAAAUCCCAGUGUUGCUAGGACAUUACUGGAACCUUGGUCAGCCACUACUAAGAAUUUUACUGUUUUAAGUGUGUAUGAAAAUCGUCUUCAGAAACAUCAGCACACUGCUUUCUAAUCAUGAUAGAAUGAUAUUACAGUCUCCUUAUGUGCUUAUCUGUAUUGUCUGGGAUAGUUAACAAGGCCUUUUUUCUGUCAGUUUGUGGUGAAAAAUAACAACAGAUCAAAAGAACCUGUUGAUCAUACAUCAUUCUUAUGAGUCACACAGCAGGAGAGUUUUAAUAUCGGACACUGUCUUCCAAGGUUUUGAAAACAUUUUGCUUUUAAAGCUCACAAUGGCAAGCCAGAUCAUGAAGCAGACUUGUGCAGGUGCCAUGAGGCCAAACUGAGCUAGAUGGGUUUAAUGUGAAGGUUCACAUCCAAAGGCCAUGUCAAUGACUAUGCUGGCAAAUGAAUGUCCUUCAAGUGAAUGCUAUGAAGAAGAUUGAAUGUUGUAAGCAUUGUAUAUCAGAGUGUUGUUACUGUUGGGUAAUUGUGGCAUGUUUUCACAGAAUGGAUUGUUGUGGAUAGUAUGUGACAAGUUUAAUAAUAUUGCUAUGCAUAGGUUCUUAAUGCUAAGCAUCAUGUUCCAGAGUCAUGGUAAUAAACAUCAUGGCCACCAUGGACCAUGACUCAUUGUAAUAAACAGCAUGUGGCCAGUUGGCCAAUAAAUGUUAUAUGGCACUGUAAUAAGAAUUUAACAAAUAGGAAGUUGCAGGAUAAGCUUUAAAAUAUUUUCCAGCAGUACCCAACAUAUUACACAAGGUAAUGUGUCACAGUUUAAAAGACUCAAUUCUGUGCAGUUGGUUGGGUACCACACAAGGUCGUGUGACAGUUUGAAAGAUUAAAAUCUUUACAGUUGGUUAGAUAACCAUACAAACAGCUUAAAUGACUAAAUGCUAUAUAGCAGACUAGGUUCUGCACAUUGUAACCUGUUGCAGCUUAAAGACUACAAGUCUCCAACAAGUAUUAGUGUCCAUAGUGCAGGUAAAAUACCAUAAGAGAUUGAAAGAUUCAGUGUCAAGAAAACAUCUCAUCAAAGACAUCAGAAACAUCUGGCUAGUUCAAUGCUGCAAAUAUUUGGCAGUUUGCAUGUUUACAUAUACCAUCUGGUAUAGUAGUAUAUUAAUAAUAAUAAAUGCAAAAUUUAUAAAGCGCAUACGCACAGUCCUAAGAAGCAUGCUCUUAGCGAUUAGGAGCAAGAAUGAAACAUGGA